GUCCCAAUCCUUAAUGACCAGAUAGCCAUCGUCACGUCUACACUUGCCGAGGACUCUGUGCUUAUGCGUCGGAGAUUGCAUCAGCUGCUCAGCCGCUGUCGUCUAGUUUCGCCACCUUGCCUCCUCAGCCUUCUGGAUGGUCUCCUCAGCAAUCUACGUCGGUAUCCGGACGACAGAGACAGCAUCUGGAAGUGUGCAGCCUCCGUCGGAAGUCGACAUCCUGCCUUUGUGGAGGUUUGCGUUUCGAGUCUUCUCCGAACGCACCCCUGGCUAAGUGAUCAGGAACCCUUUCGCGAGGAUCCAGCCUACAUCACUGUUCUCCUCUUGGUGCUAAAUGCUCUACCCGGAGCCCCUGGCAUGAAAGCACACUUCCCGCGACAUCUAGCUGCCUCGAGGGCCUACCUCGCAGAACUUGUUCCCCAUCUGCUCACCAACAUUGAUGUGGACUUCUCCUCUGGAGUCAAACCCUCAACCAACUUAUGUAUUCCUGCAAAGCGUCCGUGUCUAGAAGAGCGUCACGCGACGCCCUCAUUGGAACGCACUCAGGGCUUGCUCAACUUUCUCGCCUCAAGUCUUCUGAUGGUGCGUAGCUUGCUGGAUGAAUGUGUGCGUCUGUUGCUUGGGUCUCAGAGCAGUGGUGCUCUAGUCAAGACCGAAAGUGCAUCGAACCUGGAUGUGAUGUGA